CAAAGAGAAAAACUCCAUUGAGCAUUAUCUAGGACCUUUCAUUUCAUAUAUAUAUAAAUAUUUUUUUUUCUUCUUCUUAAGAAAGCUAUAUAGCUAGGUUUAAUAAUAUUCUCCAGAAGAAUCUUAUUAUAUAUCAAUACUCUCUAGCUACUACUUCUUCUCUUAUAAGAAACACUACUACUUUUACAAAGUAGAGAGAGUUUUCUAAUUAGAAGAGAGAUAAGACCAAGGAUAUAUAUAUAUAUAUAUAUCAAGAGUUCUUGAUUGGAUAAUAUAAGUCAUAUAUAUAUCAUGGAGUAUAGAAAUCUUCAUCAUCAUCAUCAGAAUCAGCAACAGGUACAAGAACAGUCUUCUAAUUUUCCAAUACUUCAUCAUCAUCCUGACAGAAUCAACAACACUACUACUGGGAAUAAUUGGAACCCAAGCAUCAAUUUUUUGAAUAAUAAUGGAAUCAAUAAUAGUAGUAUUGUGUAUCCAAAUGGAGAAAUUGGGUAUUCAAGGCUAUGGCCCUCAUCAACAUCAUCAUCAUCAAUAUCACCAUUAAUCACAACUCAAGACUUGAUGAUUGGCUAUAACAACACUUGUACUACUACUACUUCUUCUGAUCAUCUUCAACAACAAUCAUCGACCAAUAAUAAUGAUCAUGAUCAUGAUGGUGAUGAUCAUGAAACAACUCUAGUUAAAGAAGAGCCAACAGAUUCUUUCUCCAAAUUGAAGAUAAACAAUAAUAUUAGUACUACUUCUUCUCCUUAUUCAGACAUUGAAAAAUCCAAUUACCUUUUCUCAACCAUGUUCAAUAAUAUCAAUAAGCCAAUCAAUAAUUACCACCACCAUCAUCAUCAUUCUCAUCAAGAUUUCUACUCCUUUAUUCAAUCUCAAACCAACAAUAGUACUUUUACUGAUCAUGAUCAUGAUCGUGAUAUAAUUAAUAGUACUUCAUUGUUGAUGUUGAAUAAUAAUAAUAAUAAUAAUAAUUAUUCUUCUUCUUCUUCUCAUAACAAUAACAAUAAUGGGGGAUUCAAUAGCUUAUUAUUACAAGGAAAUACUACUAAUAAUAAUAAUUUAGAUCUAUUGAUUUCUCCUACGAGUUGUAGUAGUAGUAGUCCAUCUUCAUCAGUACAUAAUUCUAGUAAUAAUAAUAAUCUUAGUCUCUAUAGCCAAACCAACUCUACCACUCCUUUAUGCCAUGGUCAUCAUCAUCAUCAUGACAUGCAAGAAUAUUCAAGAUCAAACAGCUCCAACAUGAGUACUAGAUCAUCAAGUAGUUUGUUAAACGAAGUAACAAUAAGAAGUAAGAGACCAAGCUCUUUUCCAGAGACAAAGGAAUAUUCUCGUGCAGAAUCGAAGAAGUCAAAGUCAACAUCCAUCUCACGAACCACAUCAAACCCACCACUCAAGGUUAGGAAAGAGAAACUAGGAGACAGAAUUGCAGCUCUUCACAGGUUGGUGGCACCUUUUGGCAAGACUGAUACUGCAUCUGUACUAACAGAAGCAAUAGGCUACAUCCAAUUCCUUCAUGACCAAGUCCAGACUCUAAGCAUGCCUUAUAUGAAGUCAGUGCAACAAACCAAGCCUCCCAGGAAAAUUCAACAGGUACAUGGUUUGGGUAAUGAAGAAGAGACAGAAUUGAUGAAGAAGGUGGAUCUUAGGAGUAGAGGGCUUUGUCUUGUACCUCUAUCAUGUGCCUCUUAUUUAAAUGGUUUUGAUUAAUAACCAUAUUAUAUAUAGAGAACAACAAAAACAAAAACUAAUAAAAAAGAGAUGAAUUAUGAGAUCAAUAUAUAUUGCCUUAAAUCCACACUGGUUGUCUAUUGAGGUGAGAUUUGUCAUGAAAAAAACUCACCUCAAUUGACAGUCAAUAUAUAAUACUAUACAAAGAAGAAGUAGGCAUAAUAUGGUUUCAAACUUUAAAGUCAACUUUGGUUAUAAUUUUCUUUUUUCUUUUCUGUUCUAGGUUACUGAUCAGUAAUAUUGUACUUUUGACAAACCAAAAUCAAGAUUUAAUUUCUUUUGUUUGAUA